AUGUAUACAACCAUACUUGUAUUCUUUGUGGCGAUAGCGUUAGCUGCUUCCGCGCCAGUGAAUGAAGAUGCGCAGGCGCGUAUACUCAAUUAUGAAUUCACUAAUGACGGAAGUGGAAAUUACAAGUUUAGUUAUGAGACAUCAAACGGUCUAAAGAGAGAAGAGACAGGAGAAGUGGUGAAUGUAGGCAGAGAAGAUGAACAUACUGUGGUGCGGGGAUUUUACUCCUACAUCGACGCUGACGGUAAAAUCCAAAAUGUAUCGUACACUGCUGACGAAAACGGAUUUCAGCCAGAGGCUUCUACUGAAAGCGUGACGGAAGGGCCGGUUUUAGCGGCUCUACCUCCUGAUGUCGUAGCAUCAUUGUUAGGAGGAUAAAUGGGCUAAACAUGAUAUUUCGCAUCGUGAUCUGCACGCUAGACAACGCAAAACAAAUUCGUUUAAAAAACUUUUUUUUUCAUAGUCC